CUCAAGCCGAACUUGCCUCCACGUUCCCUCCUUUGUUGUUAUCAUACAAGCCAAGCCGACAUUAUGCAGUUCUCCUACCGAGUAUUUGACGCCUUGAUGGCCCUGGCCCUCAUCACACCGGCCAUCGCUGUGCCAGUCUCUACUGUCGCAGCCGGUGCUGUGGCAUGGGCGGAUCCUCAAGACUGCCACCGAUUUUACGAAUGCCCCGUGGGCGGCAAGCCCGUUCUGAAGACCUGUGGCCCGGGAACUGCGUUCCAGGCAAAGACUAGCGUCUGUGACUUCGAGCGCCUAGUCGAAAGCUGCUGGCAUCACUAGGAGUCACCGUAAUGGUGUCUCUUAUUUGUUUUGGCAACUGAACGAGUCAGUUUUGCUAGGAAAAAGCUGUAUUCAUCAUCUACUAUUUCAUGAUAUUUUUCUCUAGUGCCUAAAGUUUAAUGGAUA